AUGUUUCCUCUACUACUCUCGGCUACCGUACUUCUCGCACAAGUGCACUGCUUUCCAUGGUGGACCCAGUAUGAUCCCGAAAUCAAAAUGACAGUGCCUGAGAUCAUCCGACACUGGGGUUAUCCCGUGGAGGUCCACUAUGCCGUUACACAGGACGGAUACAUUCUUGAAUUGCACCGAAUUCCUUAUGGAAAAGCUGGACCCACCUCCAAUACCUCACGUCCUGUAGUGUUCCUGCAGCACGGUUUGGAGAGCAGUAGUAGUGACUGGGUGGUGAACCUUCCCGAGCAGGCUGCAGGUAAGAAACCAUGA